ACCGUUGGUUUUGUACCGCUGAACCUUCAAAGUACGCACUGCCCAAAGGGCAAGAAAGUUACCGGAGUGCCAUCAUUUCACUUCCACUUACUAUCCCGAGUGAAAGUGCAACGAGAUUUGAGCCAAACUCCAUUGCCAUUCUGAACUUUAAACUGCUGUAAACGCCCCUUUCACCGAACUCUCUCCCUCUCUCUACCAUCAAUGGCGGAGUACGAACCCUACCACCAAACCCACAACCAUCACCAGCAACAACACCACCAAGCAAUCCCGAAAGAGACAGCCUUCCAGGCCCUUAACACCAUAAUCCAGCUACACUUCGAGAAGACCCUGGAGAAGAAGCGAUCCAUAGACCUCCAAAAGAAGGAGCUUCACAAGCUCUUCCAGCUCUUCUUCAUCUUCUUGGGCAUCGUCUUUCUCUCCCAGUCCCAGUCCCCUCGCCUCCAGUGCCGCCAUUGCUGGAUCCCCAUCACCAUCCUCUCCCUCUCUCAUCUCAUCUUCUACGUCUCAGUGGCGCAGACCCUCAGGUGCAUCAACGGGUUCAAGUACCAGAGGCGCUGCCACAAGCUCACUCUUGGGCUGGCCACCGAGAAGCUCAGGGAGAUGAAGAUGAAAAUAAGCGCCACCGGGGGCGAGCAGUUCGACGGGGUUGGGGACGAUGAGUUUGAGAUUCAUUACCAAGAGCCUCCCGAGAGUUACUUUGGUAAGUUCAAGAGGAACUGGGCUUUGCAUUUUGGGUUCUUGAUCUUGAUCUAUGGGAUUAUGGUCUCAUCCUCUGUCGUCCUCCUCUGUUUUUAGCUGUUUAACUUGUUCUGUGUCUUGGCAGAUGUGUUUCACUAAUUGUGGGAGUGUGAAUGCUUAUUUUUCUUUUCUACAUGUAGGAAGGAAUUAUUUGAUGGGAUUCGAUUCCAAUUUCAAUGCUAUAUUUCAUGUUCUUAAUCUGAGCAGAUAGAUGGGUUUGACUGAAUUGAUUCAGCAGUAGUCAUCAUGUAAGGAUAUUUCAUUCCAAAGAGAAGGGUU